GAGAGAGUAUGUUUCUUGGUUGUGUUCUCAUUUGUGUUGAACACUGCAGAGCUCCUUGGCCUUCGGACUUCGUGAUGUCAUGGGCAGAGGCAAGAAGAAGGACUCCCGUCGGAAAGCGCCCUUGGGCCAGGGACGAAGUGCCCGGUCGGAGCGGAAGAAGAAGAAGCGCGCGCAGCAGGAGUUGCAGGCACAGCUGGGGCACUUGCACCUGGCCAAGAAGAAGAAACUCCAGCAGGCUGGCAUCGCCACAGAUAAGAGCACUGGUUUCGCGAAGAGUUUGACUGGUUCAGCGCUCAAGGAGGAGAACCUUCCGCCCAUCAAGCGCAUCUUCUGGUUGGGCUCGAGGCCAGAGGGCGAGCCGGAUGAGGCGCUGAAGAUGACAAGAAAGUCCUUGGGGAUCAAGGUACGCGGCUCGCCGGUGCCGGCGCCCGUGGAGAGCUUCUUCACGGACUCGCUCCCAUCGGCCUUCAGCCUCUUCUUCCGAGGGGUCAGGGGCCGGAAGUGUUCAAAGCCAACACCAAUCCAGAUGCAGGUUUGGCCUGCGGCCCUGUGCGGGCUCGAUGUCAUGGGUAUUGCGCCGACCGGAAGUGGUAAGACCUUGGCUUACUUACUGCCAGCAGUGGUGCACUUGGCGGGACAAAGUGAAAAAGAGAACCUGAGCCCCGCUGCCUUGGUCCUCUUGCCCACGCGUGAAUUGGCGUCACAGGUCAGUGACCAGUUCAACGGGAAAGGAGGCUUGAGGCAGGUGCUCAACGUUCGCUGUGCAGCCAUCUACGGCGGUGUGGGGAAGGAUGUGCAGGUGGAUCAGAUUCUCACGGGCGGAUGCCCCGAGGUGGUGUCCGCUACACCUGGGAGAUUGUUGGACUUGUUGGGCCUCGCCGCCUUGAGCCUGGACUCCGUGAGCUUUCUCGUGCUGGACGAGGCAGACAAGAUGCUCCAACUGGGAUUCGAAGAACAACUGGAUGCUGUCGCCAAGGCGGUUCGCCGAGAUCGGCAGUGCUUGCUCUUCUCCGCCACCUUCCCGGAGCGCCUGCGCCAGGCUGCUGAGAGAUGGAUGACGAGUACUGAGAAGGUGGUGAUUCGCGUGGGCUCCGUCAGCAUCGGAGCGCCGGAGCGGGAGCGAGGGUCGAAGAUGGAGGAGAAUGCUGCGGAGGACGCACCAAGGAGCACCGCCGCCCCGGCGUCAGCCGGUGCAACCCUUGACGCUGGUGCCGACGGCGAAGACCGUGCGCGACACCACAACAGCUCGACCUUGACCGUCAGCGGCACGAUCCGGCAGUUGGUGCACGUGUGCGCGGAGCACAAGAAGAACCGCAAGUUGGUGCGUUUCCUGGACCAAAUCCGACACGAGGAGAAAGAGGAAGGGGUCCGACAACGAGCUUUGGUGAUCAUCUUUUGCAACAAGAUUCAAAAGUUGAAGACGGUGGCCAGCUUUUUGCG